UUCUCUUUCUGGUUCCGUUUUCAACUUUCUUUGUUAGGGUUUUGCUCUCAUAGUCCCUUAUGCCCUUUAUUGGUUUGUGGUUUUCGAGUUUAAUGGAGAAAGAAACGGUCCUUCCUUUUUCAUCCAAUCUAGCUUUCCGAACUGAGUGGUAGGGUUAGGGUUUCCCUCUGGUUCGAUUCCAUUGACGUUGGCGUCACAUUUGAAGAAUGUCACUCAUGGCGAAAGUAGGGAAUCUCAGCAAGCCGUAAUUCGAGGAACACUAUUCCUGAACUGAUAGUCUGACCAUCUAGUUUGAGUAGUCCAAAAGAUUCAACUGCCUUACCAGAUGGUUUGUUGAUUAGUCAACCAUUUCAAGAUCUUAAUGAUGGACGAUCAACCAAAUCAAAAUCAAUUCAAGCAAGACCGGUUGAGGACAAGGUGGACUGCAUCUCUUGAUAAGAUAUUUGCAGACUUGGUGGUUGAGCAGGUUCAACAGGGGAAAAGGUCAAACAAUGUUUUUGACAAGAAAACGUGGAAGUAUAUACGCGAUGAGUUCAACAAGCAAACAGGUCUGAACUUUGAUAAGAAACAAUUGAGGAAACAUCUCACUGUUCUGAGGACUCGAUACUAUAAUAUGAAGUCAGUUUUUGAUCAAAGUGGCAUUGGUUUCAAUGAAUCUCAGCGCUUGUUAACAGCUGGUUGUGAACCAUGGGAAGAUUACUUUGAGGCACAUCCCAAGCCUGAGGCAAUCAAAAUCAAGGAGUGCCCCAUUUAUGAACAGCUAUGCACAAUAUUCUCUGAAUCUGGGGCUGAUGGAAUGUAUGCACAAUCAAGUCACUAUGCUGAGUUGGACAGAGAGACAGCUAUAAUAGAUCCUGCUGGCUCAACUUCAUGUCCGAAAGCUAUAUGUAUGGCUGUUGAUCCGUCGACGCCAUCAGUAUUGGUGCAUGAUGAUCCUUCAUCACCCUCAGGUGUGGAAUUGCACACACCUGAUGGACGAAAGAAGCGUCGGUCCAAGGCACCAUCCAGUCCAUGCCAUCGCAGGCAAAGUCAUGAGGCAAUGAAUGAUGCAUUAGCUGAAGCCAUGUUGGAGAUGGCAGCUUCUUCAAAGUUAAGGGCUGAAGCAGCUGCCAUGUCACAGAAUAAUGACCAAUUUUCUAUAACCAACUGCAUUAGAGUUUUGGACGAAAUGCCAGGCGUUAAUCACUACCUCUACUUUGCUGCUCUAGAUCUUUUUGAGAAACCCAUCCCGAGAGAGAUUUUCUUAUCUCUCAAAAGUGAGAAACGGUUGACAUGGUUGCAGGGCAAGUUAAGUGCUUCUCUGUCUGUUUCCAUGGUUUAAGGUAUUGGACUAAUUCUAUGGCAUUAUGUGUAUCACAGCCUGUACAGUUACAUUUGGAUUUAGUGAACUAUCUUUUCAAGUUUUAUUUGA